AUGAGCGACCCGCGACGCGAUGCCCCGCCGCCGCUCGGCGCUACGGCCACCGCAACAAUAACCACCACGAGCCCGCCUGCGACACCCAAAGACGACGACGUUCCCGACGCCGGAUUGAGGAGCCUCGAUCACUACAAGCGCGCCCUGCCAAAAUGGCGGUACACUCUGCGCCAGCAGGCUCUCCCCCUGAUCCGCUGGGAGACGCCCUACCUCGCCUGGAUGCAGGAGAAGAUGCGAACUCCGGCCCUCGAUAGUUACUUUGCCAUCACCGCGAACCUUGGAACUCACACCUUCUUCAUGAUCGGAUUGCCCAUCUGCUUCUGGUGCGGAUAUGCUGCCUUUGGCAAGGGACUCGUCCACAUCCUGGCCCUAGGUGUCUUCUGGACGGGAUUCAUCAAGGACUUUUACUCGCUCCCGCGCCCUCUAUCGCCGCCCCUGCAUCGAAUUACCAUGUCUGGUUCUGCAGCUCUCGAAUACGGUUUCCCCUCGACUCACAGCGCCAAUGCUGUCUCAGUCGCCGUCUACGCCCUCUUGAUAUUGCAUAGUCCUGAAAACAACCUCCCUGCUACCACGAAAUUCGCUCUCGAGUUCCUCGCCUACUUUUAUGCAGUGUCGAUUGUGUUUGGGCGCCUGUACUGUGGCAUGCAUGGCUUUCUCGACGUCAUAGUCGGCUCCAUCAUGGGCGCCGGCAUAUCUCUGAUUGAAUUCUAUUACGGCCCCCCGUUGGACGAGUAUAUGCACUCGAGCUCCUGGGUUGCGCCUCUGGUGGCUGGCAUCAUUAUUCUGAUCCUCGUGCGCAUUCACCCCGAACCUGCGGACGAUUGCCCGUGUUUUGACGACAGCGUCGCCUUUGCGGGUGUCGUUAUUGGCCUGGAGUUCGGUACAUGGACGUAUGGCAAGAUUGCAGUUGAUCCCUGGGAGACUCAUGCGCAUGGCGGAGGCACUGUGGAUAUCACACACCUGGGCUGGGGAAUGAAUGUGGCGAGAAUUGUCGUUGGCGUUCUUAUUAUCUUUGUAUGGCGUGAGACGAUGAAGCCUCUGCUGCUCAAGCUUCUGCCUCACGCGUUCCGAAUCUUUGAGCAGGUCGGUAUGAACAUGCCUCGACGAUUCUUCACCCCUGCCAGCAAGUACAAGACGGUCCCUCCCGGCUCUCGCCUGGACACUCUUUUCCCGUCACCAUCAGACUUCCCUCGCAUGGUCGAGAGUAUCCGAAAUCCUACGACUCGAGGUCGUUCGGUUUCCAUUGGACCUCAGAGCGCUGCCGAUGCGUACGAGACGUUGGCGUAUAGGGAGCGCAAGCGACGUGAGAGCGUCAGCAGCCAGCACAGUCUGAAGACCAAGUCGAGCAACCUUGAGCUUCAGAGUGUCCAUGAAGACCACUCUGGCAAGGGUGUGGCGUCGGGCUCUCAGCCACCUCGCAUCACCGAAUACGAGAAGCUGAUGGGUAAUGGCUCUGUUGUAGCAUCACCUAUGACUGAAGAUCCGGAUCCUAUCGAGAUUUUCGUGACGGGCGAGGAUGGUGGAUUGGGAGAGAAGGAGGUAUUUUCGCAACUGGUCAAGCCGCGUGUGCGAUACGACGUCGAGGUUGUGACAAAGCUCGUCGUCUAUACAGGUAUUGCCUGGUUUGCGGUGGCUAUAAUCCCCAUAAUGUUUGAGCUCGUUGGCUUGGGCACAAAUCAACGGAGCGUGCAAUGA